AAUCUGGACACUUUUCUGUUUUGCCCUGCCUUACAAUGGCUUUUUCUGCUAAUGCAGGAGGGUGGAUUGCAGAUGCACUUGUGAGCAGAGGUUUAUCUGUGACUACUGUCCGCAAGAUCAUGCAAACAAUUGGAUUUCUGGGCCCUGCUUUCUUCCUCACUCAGCUGAGCCAUGUUGAUUCUCCAGCAGUGGCUAUUUUUUGUAUGGCAUGCAGUCAGGGAACUGAUGCAUUCUCCCUGUCUGGUCUAUAUUCAAACCAUCAAGAUAUUGCCCCUCGAUAUUCUGGAAUACUGCUUGGGUUAUCCAACAUGGCAGGAGUGUUGGCAGGGGUCUUUGGAACAGCAGCAACUGGUUACAUCCUGCAACAUGGUUCUUGGGAUGAUGUUUUCGUCUGGAACCUCUUCUCAACUGGUGAGAAAAUACUGGAUUGACUCUCAGCUAAGCCUAAAUUUUGCAUGUGGCAUCUCAAGCCUCUGUGAUUGAGCUUAUUAUGGAAGGGUUUCAAUUGAUUGAAUGCAAAGGUGAAAAAAGAGUUGAGAAUGAAUUCAGAUGAAAAGUAAGAAAUAGGAAUUUUGAGCAUGAAUUAUGAGCUAAACUUUUUAAAUGCUGAGUGAGGGCAUAGGAUCUUGCAGAAUCUUUGAAUUCUGAAAUUGCCACUUCCUUCACCGCCACCAUCGGAAGAUGCAAGACUUCUCAUUGGGGAAGAAAUUGUUUGUAUAGUA